UUGGCUUAUUUUAUCCAGACAAGGUCUUUACUGGGUGUGUUUGAAGAAGAUGCCACAGCUAUUUCCAACUAUAUGAACCAGUUGUAUCAAGCUAUGCAUCGGAUUUAUGAUGCACAGAAUGAAUUAAGUGCAGCAACACACCUGACUUCAAAACUUUUAAAAGAAUAUGAAAAACAGCGUUUUCCUUUGGGGGGUGAUGAUGAAGUUAUGAGCUCUACUUUACAACAGUUUUCAAAAGUUAUAGAUGAGCUUAGCUCUUGUCAUGCGGUACUUUCAACUCAGCUUGCUGAUGCCAUGAUGUUCCCCAUUACCCAGUUUAAAGAAAGAGAUCUUAAAGAAAUCCUAACAUUAAAAGAAGUGUUUCAGAUUGCUAGUAAUGAUCAUGAUGCUGCAAUUAACAGAUACAGCCGAUUGUCUAAAAAAAGAGAAAAUGACAAGGUAAAGUAUGAAGUGACAGAAGAUGUGUAUACUUCCAGAAAAAAACAGCACCAAACCAUGAUGCAUUAUUUUUGUGCAUUAAAUACUCUUCAGUACAAGAAGAAAAUAGCAUUGCUAGAACCUCUACUUGGGUACAUGCAAGCUCAGAUAAGUUUCUUUAAGAUGGGUUCUGAAAAUCUCAAUGAACAACUGGAAGAAUUUUUAGCUAAUAUUGGAACCAGUGUGCAAAACGUUCGCAGGGAAAUGGACGGUGAUGUGGAGAUUAUGCAACAGACAAUAGAGGAUUUGGAAAUAGCUAGUGACCCUCUAUAUAUGCCUGACCCAGACCCAACCAAAUUUCCUGUUAAUCGAAAUUUAACGCGAAAGGCUGGAUACCUCAAUGCUAGGAAUAAAACAGGCUUGGUGUCAUCUACUUGGGAUAGACAGUUUUACUUCACGCAGGGUGGAAACUUAAUGAGCCAAGCCCGUGGAGAUGUAGCAGGAGGCCUGGCCAUGGACAUAGACAAUUGCUCAGUGAUGGCUGUGGACUGUGAAGACAGGCGAUACUGUUUUCAGAUCACUUCUUUCGAUGGAAAAAAAUCUUCAAUUUUGCAAGCAGAGAGUAAAAAAGACCAUGAAGAGUGGAUUUGUACAAUUAACAACAUAUCUAAGCAAAUAUACUUAAGUGAAAAUCCAGAGGAAACUGCUGCACGAGUAAAUCAGUCAGCUCUGGAAGCUGUCACUCCUUCCCCAUCUUUCCAGCAAAGACAUGAGAGCCUGCGGCCCGCAGGACCAUCUCGGCCACCAACAGCUCGAACUAGCAGUUCAGGAUCCUUAGGAUCUGAGUCCACCAAUUUGGCUGCCCUCUCUUUAGAUUCUCUUGUUGCCCCAGACACACCAAUACAGUUUGACAUCAUUUCCCCUGUGUGUGAAGAUCAGCCUGGUCAGGCAAAAGCCUCUGGCCAGGGAAGCAGGCGUACAAAUCCAUUUGGAGAAUCUGGAGGAAGUACAAAAUCUGAAACUGAAGAUUCUAUUCUUCAUCAGUUAUUUAUUGUCCGAUUCCUUGGUUCCAUGGAGGUGAAAUCAGAUGACCAUCCAGAUGUUGUUUAUGAAACAAUGCGCCAAAUCUUAGCUGCUCGGGCCAUCCAUAAUAUCUUUCGUAUGACAGAAUCACAUUUAUUAGUUACUUGCGACUGUUUAAAGUUAAUUGAUCCACAGACACAAGUUACAAGGCUUACGUUUCCUUUGCCCUGUGUAGUGUUAUAUGCUACACACCAGGAAAAUAAGAGGCUUUUUGGAUUUGUACUGCAGACAUCAGGAGGGAGAAGUGAAAGUAAUCUGUCAUCAGUCUGCUAUAUAUUUGAAUCAAACAAUGAAGGGGAGAAGAUUUGUGAUUCUGUUGGACUGGCAAAACAGAUAGCUUUGCAUGCUGAGCUGGAUCGUAGGGCAUCUGAAAAACAAAAAGAAAUAGAGAGAGUAAAAGAGAAGCAACAGAAAGAACUCAGUAAACAAAGACAGAUUGAAAAGGACUUGGAAGAACAAAGUCGGUUGAUAGCUGCUUCCAGUAGACCAAACCAAGCCAGUAGUGAAGGGCAGUUUGUCGUCCUUAGCAGUAGCCAGUCAGAAGAGAGUGAUUUGGGAGAAGAAGGAAAGAAGAGAGAGUCAGAAGCAUAAACUUAUCUUUACUUUUUGAGUGUUUUCCCCCUCCCCUUGGAAUUGACAGUUUCUUUGGUGAAAUGGCACAAGGUAACAACUAUGUUGAAAAUAACAUAAAAUUUAUAUUUACUUGUUUUAGGUUCAUUAAAAAAAAUAAGGUUGAUUUAAAAAAAAAGGUUGAAUUUUAUGACUUAGGUUUACAUUGACUUUUUUCUUAAAAAUAAUAUAAUAUGCAUUAACAUUAAAUUUCACAUAACUGCUUAUUUCCCUGAAUACAUUGCUAAGGAGUUAGUAGCUUUGCUCUUUCUUUUCCUUAAAUUGCCAGUUUUUAAAUUUUGCAUUGUAUUGGCCAUGCCUAUAAGAGAUAAUUUAUUCUGCAGAUUCAGAUAUUCAUGGAUGUGUUCCCUCCUUUCAUUAGGAACAUUUUGCUUAUAGUGGGGAAGCAUUCAGUUGAAUAAGUUUGAAACCCUUUCUACAAGUUUGCAAAUGAUUUAACAACGUUAAAUGUGCAAUAGAAUUUGUAUAAAGCCAUUGGGACAGAUUUUAGAUGUAAGGUUUCCAGUUGUGGCAGAUGGUACUGUAGGUUCUGGGCACUU